AUGAGGGAAAUCAUUAACCUUUAAGUUGGUUCUUGUGGUAAUUAAAUAGGCUCCAAGUUUUGGGAAGCCAUCUCAUUUGAGCAUGGCAUAUGGUCUAAUGGCACUUACAUAGGCAACUCUGAUUUAUAGCUACAGAAUAUAAAUGUUUAUUAUUAAGAAAUUGAAUAAGCUAGAUAUGUUCCCAUAGCUGUACUUGUUGAUUUAGAGCCUGGAACUUUAGAUUCUGUGAAAGCUAGCACUCUAGGUUCGCUUUUUAGACCGGAUAACUUUGUUUCUGGUUAAACUGGAGCUGAGAAUAAUUGGGCUAUAGGUUACAAUACAUAAGGAGUAUAGUAUUUAGACCAAGUAAAAGAAAUUGUGAGAAAAUAAGCUGAAAACUGUGAUUCAUUUUAAGGAUUUUAAAUAACUCACUCAUUAGGUGGUGGCACUGGCUCUGGCAUGGGCACUCUUAUUAUUAAAAGUAUGAAAGAAGAAUAUCCGAAUAGAAUUAUACAAGCGUUUUCAGUUUUCCCUUCUACAAAAGUUUCAGAUACAGUAGUAGAACCUUAUAAUGCUAUUCUUUCUAUAAAUUAGUUAAUUGACCAAGUUGAUGAAUGUAUGGCAAUUGAUAAUGAAGCUCUUUAUGAAGCUUGCGUCAGAUUACUCAAAAUGAUGUCACCUACUUAUAAUACUAUUAACACUUUGAUAUCCUCUGUUAUGUCUUGCAUAACUUGUACUAUGAGAUUUCCUAGCUAAAUAAAUUCUGAUCUUAGAAAGUUUGGUGUUAAUUUGGUUCCCUUUCCUCGCCUUCAUUUUUUAAUGACUAGUUUGGCUCCUCUUUUAUCUAUAAGAAACAUGUAGUACCCUAUUACAGUAUCUUACUUACAUGAUUAGAUGUUUAAUUAUGCAAAUAUGACGUGCUCUGCAGAUUUAAGACACGGUAGGCUUUUAUCAGCCUUUGCCAGCUUUAGAGGGAAAAUGUCUUAUAAAGAAGUUGAUGAGUGUGUUUUAAAUGUUAGUAAUAAGAAUUCUUAUUACUUUGUAGAAUGGAUUCCUAAUAAUCUCAAGCACUCAGUUUGUGAAAUAACUCUUUAAAAUAAUCUAAAUUCUGUAAGUCUUAUUGGGAAUAGCACUGCUAUCUAAGAAGUAUUCAUGAGAAUUGCUGAACAGUUUAAAGCAAUGUUUAGAAGAAAAGCUUUUUUAUAAUGGUAUACAAAUCAAGGAAUGGAUGAAAUGGAAUUUGCAGAAGCAGAGUCAAAUGUGCUAGAUUUAGUUUCUGAAUAUUAAUAAUAUUAAGAUAUGUUUGUUGAUUAAGAAGAAUAAGAAGAAGAGUCUCAAAAUACAUUACAGACAUGUGAUAAAGGCUAAUAUUGA